UGUUAGAGGUUUACGGCACCACUGGUACCUCACAAACUAGUGGAAGGUGGGCAUACGAUUAGCCACCCUGACUUAACACGAGUUAUCGACUUUAACACAUAACUACAAUUUUGUUUUACAUUAACUAAAAACAGUAUUUACAGUUACCUCAAGGCAUAGUUGACUCUUUAUAUUCGGAACUAAAGGAAACCGCUGAGACAUGCCUAUUCAAUUGACCAGUCAGGCGUACUGUAAGAUGCUUUUACACGCUGCUAAAUAUCCUCACUGUGCCGUAAAUGGAUUGCUGGUGGCAGAAAAGACAAAAGAGAAAAAGAAAGACGGUCACAGUGGUCCGGUGUUGUGCGUGGAUUGUGUCCCACUUUUCCACGGUACUCUUGCUCUGGCACCAAUGCUGGAAGUAGCUUUGACACUGAUUGAUACUUGGUGUAAAGAAAAUAACUACACCAUUGUAGGGUAUUAUCAAGCCAAUGAACAGACUCAGGAUUCAAGACCAAAUCAAGUUGCUCAGAAAGUGGCUGCCGGGAUUUCUGAGAACUUCAGCGAAGCUGUUAUCGUUAUGGUGGACAGCAGCAGAUUAACAAUGAGCUGCUUUGAGCCUAUUGUGUUUAUCUAUGAUCACCUUGAAAAUAAGUGGAAAAAUAGGGAAGUAACAACAGAUGCUUUUGAGGAUUGGAACGAAGCACAGAAGAUCACAUCUGCCUUGCUGGUGGGCAGGUCCUAUGAGAACUUGAUUGACUUUGACAACCACUUGGAUGAUCUUAGAAAUGAUUGGACCAACCCUGCUAUUAACAAGUCUGUCCUGGAUCUUUGUUAGGACUCUCAACUCAAGUCUUUGGUCCCAUGUGAAAAAUUUGCAGCCUUUUUUGCUUGCAUGAUGCUACCUUUAAACCUCCUGCACUGAACAAUGUAGUGGAUCCCAGAUCAUACAGGCCGAAAUCUCUCAAAUACAGAUGCCGUACACGUUGUUGGCCUAUUUCCACCUUUACACGGUGAUCCUGAGGUGAUAAAGGCAACUUGUUCUUUAAUCCGUUCUGUUCUUUUUGGCUUUUGAAAUGGAUUGUUUAUUCAGAAAUGUUUAAAAGAUCUAGAGAGACUGAUUUAUAUAAAUUGAAUAGCUUGUAGCCAUACUGAAAUCAAGUUCUAAUUUAUUAAUGAAUCUUACCUAAUGAUUUUACUGUAUGGUAUGGCAAGAUGUUAGAUUUUUUUUAAGGUACAAAACAAAAUCCACAUAUUUAAAUGUAGCCUGAUGCUAGAUAAACCUACUCUGACCUACUUUAUUGCUUCAUGCUAGCACCUUUGUGUUGUAUUUCUCUAAAUUUCAUACAAUGUUUUCAGAUAUGUUUUUGGUCAUAGACGGGAGUGUCUGAAUUGACUGUCCUCGUUUAAAUAUUUAUACUUUAUCAGGUUAGAGGAAUGUGUGGAUUUUGUUUUACUGUAGCUGCUUGUUUGAUUAACUGGCUUCUAGGCAUUGUGUUUUCUAAAUUGAGUUCUUCAAAUCAAUUAAAUGUUAGAUUUAUUGCAGCUUUCCUUGGUAUAGAGCUGCAUUUUUGUUUAAAGAUAGAACUGGUCAUAAAUGGGAUUUUUACAGAGCCUUUGAGAGAUGAAUGUCAAAAUUGGUUUCUGAGACUGUAAAAGUACUUGAACUUCUUUUCAUUUGUAAAAUAAAUUUACAUUCUUUUA